UUUGGGCGUCGGGGAGUGCGCGAGGCGGCCCGGGUUGUGUGCACUAGCGGAGACAAAGAGGUGGCGGUGGCGGCAGCGGCGGAGCAGCCCUAGACGCCGAAUUUUGUAGUGCUGAGUCCCGUCACCAUCUCAUCUAGCGCGGCGCGAGGGCGGCUGGUCUCGCGGCGGCGGCGGCGGACGCGGAGGUGGCGGCAGCACAUGGUUCCAAGAGCGCCCUGCGGUUGUUGGGUUCCAAUUCCGUGGGGAGGGACAAAGGCAGCUGUGAGCGCUGGGCAACGCCCGGUCGGGUGGUGCUCUCGCCACUGCCCUCGAUCCGGGCCUUGAAAACUGGGACUAAUUUGUCUCCGUGAGGAGGAGACCACGGGACCGAGGCCCAGUGAGGGCCUGAGAGGCUGAGGCCGCUGUCUGAGGGAAAGGGGGAGGGGCGCGGCCCGCCUGAGUUGAUAGGGUGGGUCAAUUCUGUGGCGACUUAGUGGGCCACUGUGAGGUAAUUUGACUCACUACCCUGAGGAAAUUGGGGCGCACAGCAAGCUAGGUUUGAUCUGGCUUUGAAAACGGAAAUCGGUCUUCAGCGUUUAGGAAAUUUUUCAGUUGGUAGGUGGUGAAGCCGAAACUAACGCCAUAUUCACUCGAGCAACAUCGUGAUCGCCAGUCUGAGGCUUAUUUGAUGGCGAAGACAUGUGUGGCUAUCCAGUUUUAUGACUGCAGUUGCUAGACUUCCGGAUUGGUAAGUUUCCGGAUUGGUGAAUUUCCUCACAGGAAAUUGAGAGGAACAACAACAAAAAACUCGGAAGAACGUGAAGAUGGAGCAGUAAUUAAGUCGCCAACUCCAGUAUCAGCUACUCUAGGACGAACCACAUUCCACUCAGUGAAUUAUCGCAAAUUCGUGCUAAAGUUCCUUAAGACUACAGAUUUAUGACGUAGUUUAUUCCAAAGUAUUACAUCGUAAUCAUUGAGAGGAUAAAAAAGAUUAAGAAAUCAGUUUUUGUUUUAGACGUCUUUUUGAAUAUAUUUUAGAUGGAUAACUAGAUAACUUUGCUUAACUGAGCAGAGAUUUACCAACUCUUUACUGGAAGGAGUCCUGAAAAAUCUAUUCCAUUGUAAGCUUAUAUUUCCCAAUUAGUGGUUAAAGAACUGGAGACGUCACCGCAAUCAUGGCUUUCUCGAAUUACAGCAGUCUGAAUCGAGCUCAGCUAACCUUUGAAUAUCUACACACAAAUUCAACCACUCAUGAAUUCUUGUUUGGUGCUCUUGCUGAACUAGUUGAUAAUGCAAGAGAUGCUGAUGCCACGAGAAUUGAUAUUUAUGCAGAAAGGCGAGAGGACCUUCGAGGAGGAUUUAUGCUUUGUUUUUUGGAUGAUGGAGCGGGAAUGGAUCCAAGUGAUGCUGCCAGCGUGAUCCAGUUCGGGAAGUCGGCCAAGCGAACGCCUGAGUCCACCCAGAUCGGGCAGUACGGGAACGGGUUAAAGUCGGGCUCGAUGCGCAUCGGGAAGGAUUUUAUCCUCUUCACCAAGAAGGAAGACACCAUGACCUGCCUCUUCCUGUCACGCACCUUUCAUGAGGAGGAAGGCAUUGAUGAGGUGAUAGUCCCGUUGCCCACUUGGAAUGCUCGGACCCGGGAACCUGUCACAGACAACGUGGAGAAGUUUGCCAUCGAGACGGAACUCAUCUACAAAUACUCUCCCUUCCGCAAUGAAGAGGAGGUGAUGACUCAGUUCAUGAAGAUUCUUGGGGACAGCGGAACGCUGGUAAUCAUCUUCAACCUCAAACUCAUGGAUAACGGAGAGCCAGAGCUGGACAUAGUCUCAAAUCCAAGGGAUAUCCAGAUGGCAGAGACUUCGCCGGAGGGCACGAAGCCAGAGCGCCGCUCCUUCCGUGCCUACGCUGCCGUGCUCUACAUUGAUCCCCGGAUGCGGAUCUUCAUCCACGGGCACAAGGUGCAGACCAAGCGGCUCUCCUGCUGCCUGUACAAGCCCAGGAUGUACAAGUACACAUCAAGCCGGUUCAAGACCCGUGCGGAGCAGGAGGUGAAGAAAGCUGAGCACGUGGCGAGGAUUGCUGAAGAGAAGGCACGGGAGGCAGAGAGCAAAGCUCGGACGUUGGAAGUGCGCCUGGGCGGAGACCUCACGCGGGACUCCAGGGUGAUGUUGCGGCAGGUCCAGAACACAGCCAUUACUCUGCGCAGGGAAGCUGAUGUCAAGAAGCGGAUCAAGGAGGCCAAGCAGCGAGCACUUAAAGAACCUAAGGAACUGAACUUUGUUUUCGGGGUCAACAUUGAACACCGGGACCUGGAUGGAAUGUUCAUCUAUAACUGUAGCCGCCUGAUCAAGAUGUAUGAGAAAGUGGGCCCACAGCUGGAAGGUGGCAUGGCGUGCGGCGGGGUUGUCGGGGUCGUCGAUGUGCCCUACCUGGUCCUGGAGCCCACACACAACAAGCAGGACUUUGCAGAUGCCAAGGAGUACCGGCACCUCCUGCGGGCCAUGGGGGAGCACCUGGCGCAGUACUGGAAGGACAUCGCCAUCGCCCAGCGGGGAAUCAUCAAGUUCUGGGAUGAAUUUGGCUACCUCUCUGCCAACUGGAACCAGCCCCCAUCCAGUGACCUGCGCUACAAGCGGCGGCGAUCCAUGGAGAUCCCGACCACCAUCCAGUGUGAUUUGUGUCUGAAGUGGCGGACACUCCCCUUUCAGCUGAAUUCUGUGGAGAGAGAUUACCCUGACACUUGGGUUUGCUCCAUGAACCCUGAUCCUGAGCAGGACCGGUGUGAGGCUUCGGAACAGAAGCAGAAGUUUCCCUUGGGGACACUGAAAAAGGACCUGAAGACACAGGAAGAGAAGCAGAAGCAAUUGACAGAAAAAAUUCGCCAGCAGCAGGAGAAGCUGGAGGCCCUGCAAAAAACCACACCCAUUCGCUCCCAGGCUGACCUGAAGAAACUGCCCUUGGAAGUGACCACCAGACCUUCCUCUGAGGAACCUGCACGUAGACCUCAGCGUCCUCGGUCGCCUCCUUUACCUGCUGUGAUCAAGAAUGCCCCGAGCAGACCCCCUUCCCUGCAAGCACCCAGGCCAGCCAACCAGCCCAGAAAGGCUCCUGUCAUCAGUAACGCCCCAAAGCCUGCUGCCCUGGCCACCCGGGAGGAGGCCAGCACUUCCCGGCUACUCCAGCCUCCCGAGGCACCCCGGAAGCCUGCCAACACUCUGGGCAGGCCUGCGUGCCUGCCCACCCCCCCAGCACAGCCACCGUUACCAUCUCCGCAGCCCAACUCCAGGAGCCCUCGGGAGGUCCCUUCCUCCCGAGCUCUGAAGACGCCAGUGGUCAAGAAGCCAGAGCUGCCCACUAAACUCGCCCCGGCCACUCCCAGUCGGAAGCGGAGCCUCGGGGUCUCUGAUGAGGAAGAAGCAGAGGAAGAGGCUGAGAAGAGGAAGGAGAGGUCCAAGCGGGGCAAGUUGGUUGUGAAGGAGGAAAAGAAGGACUUGAAUGAGCUCUCAGACAGCUCUGGGGAAGAGGAGUCGGCUGACCUCAAGAGGGCUCAGAAAGCCCUGCUCCCACUCUCAGAUAAAGGGCUGCACGUGGAGGUGCGUGUGAAUAGGGAGUGGUACACAGGCCGUGUCACAGCUGUGGAGGUGGGCAAGAAUGCGAUGCGGUGGAAGGUGAAAUUUGACUAUGUGCCCACGGACACAACACCAAGAGACCGCUGGGUGGAGAAAGGCAGCGACGACGUGCGGUUGAUGAAGCCCCCGUCCCCAGAGUAUGAGCGCCCAGACACGCGCCAGGGCAGGGAAGAGGCGGCGGUGGCGGCGGCCCCGGCGGGGGAUUUGGUGGCCCAGCAAGCUGUAGCCACGGUGGAGCCCUCCACCUCGGACUGCAUCCCCAUCGAGCCUGACACCACCGCCCCCAGCACCAACCACGAGACCAUCGACCUCCUCGUCCAGAUUCUCCGGAAUUGUUUACGGUACUUCCUGCCUCCAAGUUUCCCAAUCUCUAAGAAGGAGCUGAGUGCUAUGAAUUCAGAUGAGCUGAUCUCGUUUCCUCUGAAAGAGUACUUCAAGCAGUAUGAAGUCGGGCUCCAGAACCUGUGCCAUUCCUACCAGAGCCGUGCCGACUCGCGGGCCAAGGCUUCUGAGGAGAGCCUGCGCACAUCCGAGAGAAAGCUGCGUGAGACCGAGGAGAAGCUGCAGAAGCUGAGGACCAACAUCGUGGCACUCCUGCAAAAGGUGCAGGAGGAAUAUGUGGUUCCAACCCUGGCGGCACAGCAUCCUGACCAGGAGGGCUGGAGGUGGUGCGGCUGCCUGGGCCUCAUCCCAGCCAGACCCACGGAGAGGCCGAGGUUAGAGUCCAGGACUCCACUGAGGAGGUUCCCAGUUAUCUGGGACUUAGACAUUAACACAGACGACGAGCUGGAUGCCUACAUCGAGGACCUGAUCACCAAGGGGGACUAGGGCCCGAAGCCAGAGAUCAGCUCCCCUGCCCCUCAAGGCAGAGCUCCUGAGGGUGGCGUUUCAUUUAUGGGUUGAUGGACUUACCUUCGUUUGACUCACGGGAUAUCUGUGCUUUUGGUGGGAGAGAGACUGAUUGUUUGACUCUUCCACCCUAAGUUGAUAAAUAUUUAUUUUUUGAAAGAAACAA